CAUCGCCCCUGGAAGCAGAAACAGUUUCUCACCCUGCUCUUACAUCCGGACUCGUUUGGAGACGCACGUUUUUCUCACACCGCGCAACAGGAUUGAGAUGUUACAUUUUAGGGUUUCCACAGUCCUGAAGGAGUUGUUCGAAGCCCCCCUGAAGCGCCCGUUUCCCGCCUAUAGUCAGAAGAGCUGGUCCCCGGCCCUGCCGCCGCCUCAACGCAGCUGCUGCUUCGUUUCUGUCCCGGCCGCUGAUGCCAGACCUGGACCCUCCCGCCUGUCCGUGGCGCCGAUCCGCUUCUACUGCGUGAAGACGGAGGGCGCCUCCUCCGUGGAGCUGGAGGAGCAGCUGAAGAAGGAUGGAGACGAUGGAAACGACAAGAGGAGACAUCCGGGAAUCCUGCCCAGUUUGGAGGAUCUGCUCUUCUACACGGUGGCAGAAGGUCAAGAGAAAAUCCCUGCUCAUAAAUUUCUCACAGCGCUCAAAGCCACCGGGCUUCGGACCGGCGAUCCCCGCCUGAAGGAGUGCAUGGAGACCCUCAAACAGACUUUAAAGAAGACUCCAGACGGCGUGACGCUCGACAGGCACCUCUUCAAGAAGUGUGUCCAGAGCAACAUUGUCCUGCUCACUCAGGCUUUCCGAAAGAAGUUCGUCAUCCCCGACUUCCAGGCCUUCACCUCCCAUAUUGACAAGCUUUACGAGAAAGCCAAAAAACUCACCGGAGGACAGGUCGCAGACUACAUUCCUCAGCUCGCCAAGUUCAGCCCCGACUUGUGGGCCGUCUCUCUGUGCACGGUGGACGGACAGAGACACACGGUGGGAGACACCAAGGUCCCGUUCUGCCUGCAGUCUUGCGUCAAGCCUCUGAAAUACGCCGUGGCAGUUCACGACCACGGCACGGAGUACGUGCACAGUUUCAUUGGGAAGGAGCCGAGCGGCCUCCGCUUCAAUAAGCUCUUCCUGAACGAAGAAGAUAAGCCCCACAACCCCAUGGUGAACGCCGGCGCUAUCGUUUGCACGUCUCUGAUAAAGCAACACGCCAGCAACGCUGAGAAAUUUGACUACGUCAUGAAUUUCCUGAAACAAAUGUCAGGAAACGAGUACGUGGGUUUCAGCAACGCCACAUUCCAGUCGGAGCGCGAGUCGGGAGACCGGAACUUCGCCAUCGGCUACUACCUGAAAGAAAAGAAGUGUUUCCCUGAAGGAACCGACAUGACGUCAGUACUGGACCUGUACUUUCAGCUGUGCGCCAUGGAGGUGACCUGCGAGAGCGCCAGCGUCAUGGCGGCCACUCUGGCGAACGGCGGCAUCUGUCCGAUCACGGGUGAGCGCGUCCUGAGCCCCGAGGCGGUGAGGGACACGCUGAGCCUGAUGCACUCCUGCGGCAUGUACGACUUCUCAGGACAGUUUGCCUUCCACGUUGGACUGCCGGCCAAGUCGGGCGUGGCGGGCGGCAUCCUGCUGGUGGUCCCCAACGUGAUGGGCAUCAUGUGCUGGUCGCCUCCGCUCGACAAACUGGGCAACUCGGUCAGAGGGAUCCAGUUCUGCACGGAUCUGGUGGAGCUUUUUAACUUCCACAACUACGACAACCUGAGGCACUUUGCCAAGAAGCACGACCCCCGCCGAGAGGGCGGAGACCAGAGGGUGAAGUCCGUCAUCAACCUGCUGUUCGCUGCAUACACCGGAGACGCCUCUGCUCUGAGGAGGUUUGCUCUGUCCUCCGUGGACAUGGAGCAGAGGGACUACGACUCCAGGACGGCCCUCCACGUGGCAGCGGCUGAAGGACACGUAGAGGUGGUGCGCUUCCUGCUGGAGGCCUGCAACGUGAACCCUGAACCCAAAGACAGGUGGGGAAACACGCCGAUGGACGAGGCGGUGAACUUUGGCCACCACGACGUGGUCACCCUCCUGCAGCAGUACCUGGAGAAGUACAGCCCGCCUGCUGCUCCUGAGGACCGGGCGAGCGGCGAGAACUUGGACGGCCUCCUGUAGACCUGCUGAAACAUCAGCAGAAGAACUGAUCAUAUUUAUCAAUACUCAGGCUUCUGAAACGUGCGGUGGCUUAACUCGGCCUCGUGUGCUUUGCUUUGUGUACGGCUUCAUGAUGUGUGUGUGUUGUGUGUGUGUGAGCUGCUUAACAUUACAAUACAACAGCUGAACGUGUGUAACUGCUGUUUACUGUAAGUACACACUAAAAACUGCUGGGUUAACAACAAACCAGCAUUGAGUCACAUUUGGACCACGCCGAUUAGUUUUAUCUGUUCGACACCAGCACUCGGUCAAAUGAGUCUCCAUGGUGUCCUGGGUCCUCCCCGGGCUCUCCUCACCGUUGGACCUGUCCAGAACACCUCCCUAGGGAGGCGUUAUAGGGUCCAUCCUUA